AUGCGUCAGACUGGAGUCUGCACGCUCACUUGCCCGAGCGGUUAUUACGGUGUCCGGCGAAAGGACUUCAGUGUCUGUCUCAAAUGUAAUAUAGACAAGUGUAUAUCUUGCUUCAGCAAAACUUAUUGUACACGAUGUAAUUCGCCCUAUGUGGCCUAUAAAGGAGAAUGCAUAGACGGCUGUCCAGAGGGCCUAUUCUAUGCCAAUUAUUCCAAAGAAUGUCGUUCACAAGUUAAUUGUAUGGUUGGGUCCUGGAGCAGCUGGAACUUUUGCUCACGCAAUGGACAGACUUGUGGCUACAAAUAUGGCAUCGAAGCGCGCGAAAGACAUGUGUUGCAGCUACCUUCACAUAAUGGAGAACGCUGCCCGGCAUUGUCAGAAAAUCGAAGAUGCAAGAUGUUGAUGCGUUCUUGUGCAGAUUUGGCUACAAAUCGAUCUGAUCCAGCAAGAAGGAUGAAGUCCGGGAUCAGGCGGCGGAAACGGCGCCGUAAGUACCGGAAGAAAAGCAAGAAAGGCCGCAAACGCAAAGGCAACAAGAAAAGACGCGGUAAAAAGAAACGACGUCACAACAAGCGACGUUGGAAAUCCAAGUCAAAAUCGAAGGCUAGAUCAAAGUCCAAAUCAAAGUUUAGAUCAAAGGCGAAAAGUAAACUGAAGCCAAAAAAGUCUAUGAAUAUUGAGACCAAUGAAAUUGGCAGUGAAAUUCUCCGCACGAAAGGAUAA